CUGUAGAUGGCAGUAGCAUCUAUUUUCUUAGAGCUGACAAUGAGUUGUAUGUAUUGCGUGUUUAUCCUCAACAGCUGAUUAUUUAUUUUGGGCAGAGGCAGUAUAAAUAAAGUAAUAAAACGCCAUUAGUGAACAAUCUCGUUGUAACUAAUUUUAUUUAUCGUAAGAAACUUCUGUGAUUGAGAAUUUGAAAGAUUAUGUCAAACUUACAAUUAGGUACAUGUAUAAAGAGUGAACUUUGAGAUUAAGAGAAGAUUUUUUCUUAUCACAAAGAUAUAAAUUACGUAGAAUUAUAAACGAGCAACAUUAACAAGAAGUCAACCAUGUCAGCCUUAUCAGAGAAUAUUACAAUUAAGCAACCCAUAAGACGUCUGGAAAUUCAAAUUAAUAACUUCAACGUUGCUAUUCCACACCAUGUAGAUUUAUUAAAGCGACAUAAGAACAAUAUUAAAAAACAAAUUGUAUUUUUGCAGUAUCAAAAUCAACAAGAUUGGGAACGGAUACGGAAAGAACAUAUAAAUGUUUCUCGUAUUAUUAAGCAGUUGAAGGAGUUAUUAUAUCAAAUGGAAACUCUCAGAGCGCAAGUUCUUGAUAUUGAUAUUGAUAAAUUUGAUAAAUUGACAAUACAUGCACGGUCUAGCAUCAUGCGCGCUAUUGAGGAAUAUUUAGAGAUGGAAUUAAAUGCAUCCACAUUGUCAUCCAGAUCGUCACCCACAUUGUCGCAGAAUGAAAAUCAAGAAACAGAAUAUCCAUUCGAUGAUAAUGAUAUUCAAUUGCAAAUAGAAGAAAAAGAUUUACAACAUCAGCAAACAUGUCUACAAGUCUGGAAUUGUCUGCAAGAGGAAAUACAGCAAUUACAUGAGCUCUUUGCUGAAUUUAAUAAAAUUGUACAUGAUCAGAAAGAAAUGGUAGACAAUAUGGAAGAAAAUAUUGAAGAAACUCAAAUAAAUGUGAAUGAAGGUAAAAGACAUCUAGAGAUAGCCUCUAAAUAUAAAGUCGCUGCGUACCCUAUAGCAGGCGCUAUGUUAGGUACAUGUAUCGGAGGACCAAUAGGUUUAUUAGCUGGAAUGAAAAUUGGUGGUCUUGCUGCUCUAAGCUGUGGGAUUUUAGGUUUUACAGGUGGAUCAUUUUUAAAGAAUAAGCAGAUAGAAUCACAAAAAGAAGUAUGUGCAAAUACAGCCAUUAAUCUCCAAAGUGUGAAGAAAUCUGCCUCUUGUCCUGAUAAUUUUAAAGAAGAUAAAAAACAUUCAUGACAGAAUAUGACUUUGUCAACAUGUGAUGUGAUCAGUUUUAAACAUACAAAAAAAUGUACUGUUAUAUAAUUUUAAAUUACUAAGAGAUAUUUGCACAUUUUUCUAUUUAUAAUAAAUGUUUUUUUAUUUGUACAUACAUUCUGUGUAAUCUUACAAAAUUACAUGGUUUACGAAUUUUUUUGAGAGAAAUCUUUUAACACUUUUACUAUUUAUAAUUUUAUAUAUUUAAAAAAUAUUUAGUCUAUCUAGUAAAUCUUAUUGAAUCUACAAAUUGGAAUUGUAAAUUAGAAUAUGUAUAGUCUAUUUAGCAAUAUGUUAUAAAUUUAUUUAUAUUUAUUUAUAUAUUUAACAAUAUAUAAAUUUAAUAAAUAUAGCCACACAUGGCCAAAAUAAGAUUAAGAAUAAGCACAUAUCUCUUUUAUAAAGCGAUAACUUUUUGUAUGCCUUUCGCGUGCCUUGUAAAUUACUAAAGAUUUACUCUGUAAAAGA